GGCUCAGUAAAGCAAUGGGGCCCUUCACGUCAGGGUUGGUUUGUUGGUGGGGGUGUGCUGGGGUUUCAGUGCCAAACUCUGAAAGUAAUUGGAUUCUUGUCAUUUUUUGUUUGGCUGUAUUCAGACUGCAACAUGGCGACGCUUGAGAACAUUUUGUUAUGGAACUUGAUGGCUGCAGUAAUCGUCUUGGGUCAAGCAAGGCCAAAUGUGAAGCUUAACUCGCAGUCAAGCAGUGGUUUAAGGUCAGAGUGUGCGGCUAAUCUCAUGAGGCUGUCCUUGGACGAGGCUCUAGCAGUGGGGAACCAGCUCGAAGUGGAGGCCGUCAAUGGCACCCAGCACAUUGUGUUAACACCCAGCUUGGCUGCUCAGUGUGGAUAUAGCAUGGAGUCUGACCCCUGGGGUAACACCAGAAUCUACACAUCUCUGAUGGGCUGCUAUGUGGACAACAAAGAUGAUACAACAUUCAGCGUCGGCUUGAGACUCCGAAUGUACGGCCAGAGUCCCUCGGACGUGGUCAGUCACGAUGUGACGCAGACUUGCAGCUACACUCGGUGGGCCUCCAGAGAGAUUCUCUGCGACAGGAACUACAUGGAAGUGUCGAACCACUUGGCUACACCUGAUCCACAAGCUGAAGCAAAGGGGCAGAGUCAGGAUGUGAAGGUCAACACCAUUCCUGACGCCUCUGGUGCAGAACAUGGUAUCUGGAAGAUGACGUUUUUCACCCCAGAACCAGUGUCAAUGGUGCUGAAGGAGGCUGAGCAGGCCGGCUACGGGGCUACGACCACCUCCACCCGUCUGGUUAUGCGAAGCCCGUACAAUACAGCCGAGACGUACUCGGAGGAUGUGGCUGGAGUCCCCAUGGAGGUUUUCAGGGCAAGCGCUUACUACAAAGCACCACAUGGUUUGAGUAUGGUGAACCUGGCAGCUGCUUGUCCCACAGGUGGCGUCCUCUUCACCGACGACGUAAUCUCUUGGCACGUACCUCGCCGUGUGACACCUCUGGUGCACGGCAACUUUAAAAUCCUAGAAAUGCACAUGGGCAUCAACGGGCAGCGGCUGGACAAGCCUCAGAUGGCGGCGCAGGGGUACAGGCUGUCCACCACAGACUUCCACAUCGUCAUCGAAAUCCCAGUGGGCUCGCCUGAUGGUUACUACAAGAGCCAUGCCCCAGAUUACCAGUACCACAUCACCUACAUUGUGGAGCCCAUGCUUGAGGUACUGUGGAGGGCAGAUGACACCCACGAUGAUACCAGAUACAAGGUUUUGUUCCCUAUCACCACCCCUCUGAUGCCCCGACCGCCCCACGUCCAAGACAACACCGUCCCAGAGGCCCGGCUGUUCAGCGUUCACUUGGGGACCUUCCUUCAUGAUGUGGUGCUGAGGAACAUCACCUUCUCCACCGGGGUUCUCACUGUUGAGGAGUGCAACGCCAGAGGCUUCACGGUCCAGGAGCACGGCUUCCCCAAUGGCACAAAGAGCUUCUCUCUACAAGUGCCCUUUGAUGCUGACGUUGUCCUGAAACACAAUCCUGAACGCUUGGUUACGACCUACACCCUCCCUCUGAUCUUUGGGUUCAUGAUCCAGCCUGAAGAAACUCCAUUUGCCCAUCCAGUGGACGUGCAGGCAUCUCUGCAGGAUGUUGUGCUGCCCACCAUCACUGGCACCUGUGACCACAACCAGUUCUACAUCAGCGUGAAAUUCGGCAGCCAAGGCUCCAAUUUCCAGGCCAUGGUUGGAAUUCGAGAGCUAACACCGGAGAUGGCCGAGGACUACCACUUCCAAGAAAACAGUACCCACUUGAGCCUUAUACUGCCGUACACCGCCCAGGACACAGUGUUUGAGCUGAUCACGGCAUAUUCAGUCAGAGCCAGAGUCGACAUGCUUGUGUUUGAUCACAACAACUGGGUGCUGGCUGAUCUCUACCUGUCCUGCAACUUCCCCCUAAUGACAACUCAGUGUUACCCCAAUGGAACAAUGACCGCUGUGGCUGUGAAGGUGGAGUCGGUGCCUAAUCUGGAGCCAAGCUGGUUGACUCUGAGGGACCAGUCCUGUAAACCAGUGUUCAGUGACAGUCGCUUUGCAUAUUUCUCUUUCAGUGUUGACUCCUGUGGGACCACAAGAACGUUCUUUGACCACUACAUGAUGUAUGAGAAUGAGAUCAGCCUGUAUUACAACAACAAAGGAGCAGCCUACACAUCACCAGUUGAUCCAGAAUACAGGCAAACUAUUUCCUGCUACUACAUGGUUAAUAAGACUCAGACUGUUGCAUUCAGCGCUAAACAAAGAAGCUAUGAGCCCACAGCAGAGAUUGGCUCAGGGCAGCUGUUGGCGCAGAUGAGGCUAGCUCAAGAUUCAUCAUACAAUCUCUUCUACCAAGCAGAAGACUAUCCAGUACAGAAAUAUCUGAGGCAGCCUCUGUAUUUUGAGGUGGAGCUGAUGGAGUCUACUGACCCACAUUUGGAGCUCAUCGUGGAGAACUGCUGGGCCACCCUCAAUGAAGACCAGACAUCUCUGCCCAGCUGGGACAUCAUUGUGGACGGCUGUGAGAACCGUGACGACAGCUAUGUGACAGUUUUCCAUCCUGUCGUGAGCAGCGCCAGGGUUUUGGUCCCAUCCCACGUCAAGCGCUUCUCCAUGAAGAUGUUCACCUUCACUAAAGACGAAGAGGUUCUGAAAGACGAGAUUUAUGUCCACUGUGAGGCGGUGAUAUGUGACACAAACAGCCAAGCAGACAGUUCCUGCAGAGGCCAGUGUGUGCAUCUUGCAGGCACGGCUAACUCUAGACACCAAGGGAUAAAAGGAGGAGUGAAGAGAGAGCGAAGAAGUACAGACUCCUCCCUCCACAGGCAGAUCUCCUCUGGACCUAUUCACAUAUUGAACACUCGGUCAAAACUCUGAAUAAACAAAG